AUGCUGGGAAACUAUUUCCCAUUGAUUCUUGCGGCUUGGUUAGUGGUGUCCUGUGCUGCCCAUCCUGCCGGAUAUGAUGAGCUUGGCCAUUUCCAAGCCUUGAAUACGCGCCAGCAUAUUGGAAAGUCGAGACACAAAUUAUCUCAAUGCAGUGACCACCUCAAAAAGCGCGGGAUUCAAGCUAUCGCUGAGACUCGUCGCGCCGCUGUGCUAGAGACUUAUCGCCAAAAACUUCUCGGCGCAGGCUCAGUGAGUAGCGCUUACAAUACCGACGCAAAGAAUCCAUUCAUAUCUCAAGCAAUACCUGACGAUUCCGUUUGCGUCCUAGCUCCUGAAGCAACCAUCGGCCCAUUUUGGGUUCGUGGAGAGUUCAUCAGGUCAAACAUUACGGAUGGACAAGCCGGUAUCCCCUUGGUAGUACAUGCACAGUUUAUCGAUGUCAACACCUGUGAGCCUAUUGAGAAUUUGUAUUGGGAGAUUUGGAGCUGUAAUGCUCUUGGAAAGUACUCUGGCGUUUUGGAGCACAGCAACAGCCCUCGUUCUAACCUCAACGAAACCUUCCUGAGGGGCUUGCAGAGGACUGAUACAGACGGAUCAGCACAAUUCGAGACAAUUUUCCCUGGUCACUAUGGCGGACGAGCAACUCAUAUCCAUCUGCUGGCUCACGUCGGGGCGUCCGUUUUACCCAACAAGACACUCACCGGUGGUCAUAUUCCCCACAUUAGCCAGCUGUUCUUCGAUCAAAGCUUAAUCGAGGCAGUUGAGACACACCAGCCCUACCGGACAAACGAGGAUCCGGUCACUCGCAAUUCAGAGGAUGGCAUCUUUCAUGAAGCCAGUGAUGGAGGCAAAUACGAUCCCGUUGCCAAGUACACUAUGAUUGGCGACAGAAUUUCAGACGGUAUCCUCGUCUCUGUGACAAUGGGAAUCGACAUAUCGGCAAGCUACAGGGCAGACUACGCUGCGGAGCUUACGGAUCAUGGUGGCAUAGUUCAUCGUCAUGGCUGCGUUUUAUAUCUUCUCUUUUUGUCUUUAAGCUCAGUUGGGUUGAGCAUGCCAACGUCUACAGUGUUGUUCUACUUUACCAUUGCUUUUCGCUUUCUCCGUCAUUUCUAA